AUGGACAAUACCACGCUUCCGCUUGUCAAAAUUAUUCCACCGAUUCAACAGCCAACAGGUAUUGAUUUUUCACCCAAAAAAUACUGAAAUUCCAGAUUUUUUUGCAGAUUCUGAUCUACUUUUGAUAUUUUUUCACAUUUUAUUCAUGACUUUUGGAAUUUGCGGAAAUAUCAGUCAAAUUUCGAUUCAGAUUUAUCAUCGAAGAUUUCGGCGAAAAUCGCCGGUUCAGAUUUUGCUUGCCAUUUUUUUCUUUUCUUAAUGCUUUUGUGAGUUUUUGGAACCGAAAAAACACAUUUUCAAAAAUCCCUAAAUUUUUACGUUUCAAAAAUUUGAUGAAUUUUGAUUUCAAAAACUGUUUCUAGUUACUCAAAUCAAAUUCUUUGUACGCAAAUCUGACCUACAGUAUCCCAAAUCUCGCUCCAAAACCAAUUUCCAGAUUUCCUUGGGCGCUCCAUAUGUGGUGCUGGAAAUCCUCUCAAAACAAUGGUCAUUUUCUCGUGCCACGUGUCAAUUCUCCGAAAUCACAGGUCAAAUUGGGCGAACUUUGGUGCCCUACACAAUUUCAGCAAUUUUCUUGGCUACGGUAGGUUUUGUUAGCGUCAAAUUUUUUAAUAAAAAUUUUUGAAAAAUUUUCAGGGUUUUCCCGAAAUUUUUGCAAUUUUGCCCGGAUUUUUGAUGAGCGUUUUGGUCUUGGUAUUGCUCAUAUUAUUGCGUGUUGGUGAAAGUGCGCAGGUAAUUUUUUCACGAGAAAAAAGUUGAAAUUUAAAAAUUCAAAAAUUUUUCAGUUGGAAAGUCAUUUAUUGGGUCAAGCAAUUCGUGCCAACAACAAUACCAUAAUGUUUGAAAUAUUCCAAUGUACCGUACCUUUUCGCGCUCAAAUCUACACUCCGGGUCUAGCAGCGAUCAUCGAACUGGUUGUCCCUUUAAUAAUCAUUGUCUUCUCUGCGUCUCUCCUCAUUUUUCAUCAGCGAAAAAUCAUGACGUCAAAAAUUCUGCUACUAAUUUAUAUUUCCCAUUUUACAACCAAUGUUUGGUGGUAUUUUUUGGUUGGUGGCGAGACACAUUGGAUUACGGUAGUUGUUAAUUUGCUACCGUAUGUGAAUUGUGGUAUGACGUGGAUUUUGGGGGCGAAGUUUGGCGAGGUUUGGUGGAGUUUUGAGUGCCGAUCAAGUACACUCGAAGAAGAUUUGCUGCCGAAUUCAAGCCGACCUACACGGUGUUCAACGCGUUCAAUUCGUUCUAUGCCUUUUGAAUGAAUUUUUCUCUCUUUUUUUUGAUUUUGAAAAUAAGCUUCCUAUGUAGCAUUUUGUAGCUCUUGAAAUUCUCUAUAGAACGAGCUACACCACUCGGUACUACAGUGCUCCACAAAAUGAUACGGUCAACAUGAAAAAUUCCAAAAAAUCGAAAAUCCGGAAAGCAUUAAAUUUUCAUAUUCAUGGGGCUAAAAUGGGCUCAAAAAGUUCAAUUAUUGGUCCAAAAACAAAAUUGAAAUUCCUGGUGAAAAAAAUGAGAAAAUCGAAAAAUCUCAUUUUUAGGUUUUUUCCAAUCCACAAAAUGAUACGGUCAACCAUAAUUUUUCUUAAAUUUUCCAGUUUUUCGGUUAGAUUUCAAUGUGAUUAAGUUUGAAAUGGUGAAUUUCGGUGAUUUUAAAAGUUCGGUGUGAAAAUUAGCAUACCUAGCUAGGUCACGAGGUCCAAAAAGGACCAAAUCAGGAAAACGUCUUUCAGAGUUCCAAAAUCUAGCAAAUUUUGAAACAUUUCCAGGGUAUGUCGACUAAUUCGCCAGAAAAGGGUUAAAUUUAGCCUUUCUGAACUUCAUUGACAAUUUUCCUUCCAGAAUUCAGUGAAAAUUGUGAAAAAAUCGAUAAUUUUAUUACGUCGAAUUAAUGAAAAAGGCAAAUUUUCGAACUUUCCCAAGGAAAUGAAGAUCCCAUGGCACGAGAUGUUAAAGUUUAUCCAUCGGACACUUCGGAACAUUCAUCAGGUAUGUCCACUGACACAUGAUAACCCAAAAAAUUGAAGAAAAUCCACUUUGGAACCUACCAUAAUGUACUUAACUUAUCUUCGAUGACGAGAUCAGGCGAGUAAUGAAGUCAAAAAUCGAUUUAUGCAUUUGAAAAAAAGUUUUAAGGCUUGUGGUUUUUUGAAAUCGUGUUUUAAUCAACAAAACUGACUGCUACCACUUGUUCCGUUGAUCAACCACUUUUUUUGAAAAUUUAAAAAUGUUGAAAUUCAAGUACGACGUUUUCCUGAUGCUGUUUCUUCAAUUUUUUGGGUUAUCAUGUGUCAGUGGACAUACCUGAUGAAUGUUCCGAAGUGUCCGAUGGAUAAACUUUAACAUCUCGUGCCAUGGGAUCUUCAUUUCCUUGGGAAAGUUCGAAAAUUUGCUUUUUUCAUUAAGUCGACGUAAUAAAAUUAUCGAUUUUUUCACAAUUUUCACUGAAUUCUGGAAGGAAAAUUGUCAAUGAAGUUCAGAAAGGCUAAAUUUAACCCUUUUCUGGCGAAUUAGUCGACAUAACCUGGAAAUGUUUCAAAAUUUGCUAGAUUUUGGAACUCUGAAAGACGUUUUCCUGAUUUGGUCCUUUUUGGACCUCGUGACCUAGCUAGGUAUGCUAAUUUUCACACCGAACUUUUAAAAUCACCGAAAUUCACCAUUUCAAACUAAAUCACAUUGAAAUCUAACCGAAAAACUGGAAAAUUUAAGAAAAAUUAUGGUUGACCGUAUCAUUUUGUGGAUUGGAAAAAACCUAAAAAUGAGAUUUUUCGAUUUUCUCAUUUUUUCACCAGGAAUUUCAAUUUUGUUUUUGGACCAAUAAUUGAACUUUUUGAGCCCAUUUUAGCCCCAUGAAUAUGAAAAUUUAAUGCUUUCCGGAUUUUCGAUUUUUUGGAAUUUUUCAUGUUGACCGUAUCAUUUUGUGGAGCACUGUAGAUCUAGAGAUUUUUUGGAUAAUUUCAGCUCACAGUGUCCCGAACGCGUAUUGCGCCAGCACUCCACACUCCACACACUCUCUCGUUUUCUCUCUAUCUCUCAUCCGUCUCUUCAACAAAGCGCACUCUCUCAUCUUUUUUUGCGCUUUUGUUUUCUUGCUGAAAAAUGCUGGAAAUGUUAUUUUUGUAACUAAAUCGAAUAUGGAGAAGACAGAGGAAGAAAAAUUGAAGCUAUUCCAAGUUGUUUCAUGAAAAAUGGUUGAGAAUGAAAUGAACAAGAGCUCUUCAAAAAAUACCUUGUGCAAAAACAUCAUUUUUGACCCAGGAAAGCUGAUAAAAUCUAGUUUACUGCUUCCAAAACAUUGAAAUAGGACUCCUCGAGUAUGUGGAAUCAAUAAUAAUUCAAAAUUAUGCCGUUUUUGUUAUUUUCUUUUCCAUCGAAAUUCGCCCAAAAUUGAACAAAAAACCAGAUUUCAGAAGUUUAUUUUGAUCAAAUGAUUCUUAAAACACCUUGAAAGUAUUCUAAUUUACAUAUUUAUCAUGAAACAAGUGCCGAAUCACAUUUUUCCUUCAUAAAAUUUGAAUUGUUUUUCUUCAAAAGAUAUUAACUAACUUAUUUUGAAUCCAAUCUUCACAUUUUUUAUAUCAAAACGUUCCUCUCAUUAUUCUCCAGAACAUAUAGCUCAGUUUGGGAGUUUUCAUGCAAGUAUAACUGAAUUCUAAUCGUUUCAAGAAAAAACCUAGUGUUAAAUUUUCAAAAAACCGACAAACAGGCUUGUGCGCUCUACCGUACAUGCACGAAAAAUAUUUUUUAAAUGCGCACAACUUUUCUCUGGCUACGCGUUGGGGGCACUGUGCAGCUUUUGUUUGAAAAUUUAUUGCCGGCCUAGAAAUCCAAUGGCCCCGCCUUGGCUUCCUAGGCCACAUUAUUUUUUAUUUUUGUUUUUUUUUCGGGAAAAACUGGGGUUCGGGGUUUUUUUCCUUGUGAGAAAAAGCUGGAAAUUGAAGUUUCACGUGGAUUUCACAAAGUUUGAAUUUUCCUGCAAGAAGAAGGAUUUCCGGUGAGAAUUUUUGAUCGUUGAUCAAGAAAAUCUCUAUUUUUCUUUUACUUCUCUAUUUCCACCCACUUUUUCAAUCUCGGCAACCAAGUUUUGUUGUUUUUGAGGGAUUUCGCGAAAAAAUGAGUCAUUUUUUUCAAUUUUAAAGUUCAAAAUUGCGAAAAUCAGAUUUUCGGGAUAUAAAAACGGAUGUUCUUUUCAUGUUUUUCUUAUAAGAUAUUAAAAAAAGCAAAGAAAACACGGGGUGAGUCAUUCAUGUAUCAAAUUUCUUUUUUCGCGAAGCCAACUGUUUUUCCGGCUUCGAAGAAUGUGAUUUUCCCGUCAAAAAUCCCAUUUUUACCACAUUUUUAAGUACGUCAUAACCCAAUUUUUUACACACAAAAAAUUAAGCCUUUAUGUAAAACGUGUUUUCAUCAUUUCAUUUUCAAAUUAUUAUAAUACACAAAAUGAUUCACCCUGUUGUUUUCUCUGCGUCUCUCAAAGGUCUGCACUCUCUCGUAUCUCGUCAGGUUGAACACUUUUCAUCAUUUUCGACAAAUUGAACAUUUUUCCGUUUUUUUUCUCGGUCUCUCCAUUUUGCAUACUCUCUAAUUUUCAGAUGUUGGCGAAUUUUGUGAUUUUCGCCGCGAUUUUGGGUGCGACACAAUGUCGCUUUGCGAAUCGCUCAAUCGAGGAGACAAAUUGGAGCGAUGAGGCCGAAAUUCGCGAGAGACUUGGCGAAAUUUCCCGCGAAAAAUUCGCACAUCACUAUCACUACAAUUCGCUGGAGACGAAUCGAAUUCAAAAGCGCCGAGUGAAACGCGACGGUGGAAUCGUGUCGGGACCAAUUGCCACCGCUUUGGUGACUGGAAUGAUUGGAAUGACGGCGAAGACUGUCAACGAUUUGACGAAUUUCAAUCCGCGAAUUUCGGAGGGCGGUUGCGAGUGGUUUGGAACUGCGCCGCUUUGCAAUUUUCCGUGUCCGGCGGAUUAUGAUUUCAUUCGAAUGCAUAAUGGAAGGUUCGUAUACGGAUGUGAGCCGCAAGAUUCCGCGUCAGCUGUGUGGUACCUUUGCGACCUUGCGAAAAUGAUGAAUCCUGUAAUAAAUGCAAGAUUCAUGAUUUUGGCAGGUCGCGGAGAUGCGGAAGCUAUUCCCGAAUUUUUCCUUUCCGCGAGUAUCCGGAAGCUUGCGGCCUUGUGAAUUCCCCUUUGCGACUCUGCGAAAAUGAUGAAUCCUGUAAUAAAUGCAAGAUUCAUGAUUUUGGCAAGUCGCGGAGAUGCGGAAGCUAUGCCCGAGUUUUCCGCAAGCAUCCGGAAGCUUUCGGCCUUGUAAAUUUCCCUUUGCGACUUUGCGAAAAUGAUGAAUCCUGUAAUGAAUGCAAGACUCAUGAUUUUGGCAAGUCGCGGAGAUGCGGAAGCUAUGCCCAAAUUUUUCAAACCGCCAAAAAUUUCCAGAUGUUCUACCUGGUGGAUGUCCGGCUUCUGCUCCCCCGAUCCAAGUUUCGGCAAACCGUGCACCACAAUUUUCGGCGAUUAUUUCAGCAAACGAUUUUGCUGUAAAUCGGACCCAUCAGAAUGCACAUGGUCCGGAAGAUGGAUGGGUGCAAAUACGGCUCAUAAUAUUUAUUGUCGUUAUGAUAAUGUGGGCAAAUGUGGAAUGAUUGAUUGCUCAAUUAAUCAUUUUAAUAUGAAGGUGAGGUUUGGGAUGAUUUUGGAGCAAUUUAGAGCAUUUUUUAGCCAAAAACCCCCCGAAUUUCAGGCCCAAAAUUCGUCAAAAAUCACCGGCGAACGUUGCGAUCAAUUGGAAUUGUUUGGGCUUCGCGGAAAAGCGACUUGCGGAUAUAUUGCAUGGUUUAAUGAGAACGGCGAUGUUGUGAAUAGUUGGUAUAAGACCAGGUAGUUUUUUAGGGUCUUAUUUUUUUUUUAAAUUUUCGAUUUGUAACUGAUCUUGUCAUUUUUUGCUCUGAUGGUUGGGAAAAACGCAAAUUCCCCCCAUUUUUUUCAAUUUGUAAAUAGUUACUGUCAUUUUUUUCUAGACGAUAG